AUGAGUUCAUCGCCUAAUGAAAAGCUCUUAAACGGCCUGCCAGAUUCGUUGUUUGAUGAUUUUGAUAUCGAUGCCAUUUCAUCAUAUCCUGAUUUGGAAACCGAUAUUGACCUUGAUACCUUGAUUCUUAAUUACGAAAGUCAAUUCCCGGACAAUGAAUCAAAAGAUUCAAAUAGCGUGAAAAAGAACAGCACUCUUGCCAGCCUUUUGAUGACUAAUCCUCUUACUGAAUAUGUUCCACCCGCUCCUCAUGUACCAUUGGGCAGCAGUAGUGUGAUUGAACCUAGCUGUCGUAAGCCUCAAUCUGUUAGCAUCCUGGCGAACGAAUCUCACCCGCAGUUAAAAAGCGCCUUGAUUCAAGAAAAAAUAAUUCAACCGGUUUCUCAGGCUGUGUCACGUGACUUAUUUGACAGCCCUUAUUUCACUGAUGGCCGCUACGGACAAGAUUCCUUGGAUGGAAUGCCGAAGAGCGGUACAAAUUCACUGGACUCUCAUGAAUGCAGAUCCGUCAACGCAAAGCUUCAAAUGGCGAAUUCAUGUCCACAGAGUAAUCAACUUGAUGACAAUAAAGGUAUCCGGCGUUCUCCACAUAAUGCCAUUGAAAAACGCUACCGUCAAAGCAUUAAUGGAAAAAUUAAUGAGUUGCGGGAUAUUCUAAAUGCAAGUUCAGGGGACGAUGCAAAGACAAAUAAGUCAGCGGUUCUUCGUCGAGCUAUUGACCGCAUUCGAUACCUUGAAAAAGAAAAUGAGUGCCUUCGAAUGGAACUCAACAUGUACAAAAGUGGAUAUGCUCUUGUUGAUGAUAAUUAUGACGGUGGUCGCUCUAACCCGAAGGGGAAUAAGAGUCGCUUGGUGUGUCUCAAAAGCGAUUCCGUGACGCCACCACACAUGACAGAAGCUAUUCAGCAGCUUCAACCCCCGUCAAGAAUACCUUUACAAAUGCAACAACACCAGAAUUCAUGGAGUCAUCUCAUGAGCCACCUCCCCACCGGUUCCUCCUCCGAGGGCAGCUCUCCUCCCUCUAUCAAAGGGGUUCCGUCAACGAUUUCUGUCUCGUCCUUCUCUCCGUGUGACGACAUCUCAGAUACUUCCUCACCUGAGUACCCCUAUUUUUUGGGCAUUGGCAGUAAACGUCACGCGGAUAACCAACUUUUUCACCAAACGGGCCCAUCGAGUGUCAAGAUGGGAGCCUACUAUGCACCUAAUGAAUUAAAUGCAAGAGAUGAUUUUCCCAUCCUUCCCCCCCAUCCGACGACAACAUCCGGCACGGCAGAGACCUCAAUGGCACAACGCUGCACGGAUCCUCCCAUCACCGCCGUCAACACCACCACAAUUUACACAACUGAGCCCUAUGAAUAUCCACAAACACCACAGGCUUUCGGUAACGAGAGUAAAUUCACUCGUGUCAGUCUCUUCUUGGGCUCGUUCUGUCUCUUUAUGUUCAACCCUUUCAUAAUUAUGACCGGUGACGCGAAUCAGGGAGGAGCCAAUUCCGCUGGAAUGCCAGUGCGUCGUCUGAUCUCGGCUCUAUCCCUAAGCGUGCACCACUACGAUGAUGGGGGUGGAAGCUCCAUGUUGGGUCCUCUAUUGCUCUCAAUUAUGUAUGCUGCUCAGUGGAUUGUGGCUAUUCUCCUUUUCUUGCUCGCCAAACCUCACGAUCUUCGUUCCUUCUUCCCAUCCAUUCUUGGAGGAUCUAUUGGUUACAGAAAGCGUGGAUUGAUUGACAAACUUCCAGGAAGAAAUCUUGCCCUGAGACACUGGAGGCAGUCUGAAGAGGACAUGAGAAAUGGGGCAUGGCACAGUGCUGGGAGCCAACUGAAGGCGUCUUUGACUGCACUCGGAGAAUCUCCUUGUUUUAGUAACGGCGUCGUGUCUGCUUUCUGCGCUCGUGUGAAGGCCUAUGCCGAGGGCAUCCGACUUGUGUUGCAUCGCCUGCCUCAGUUGCUCUGGCUAGUGUCUCGCAAAUGUCACAUCUCGUGUAAAUCUCAGGCGCACCGAAAUGAGCUGCCUACUGUGUCUCAACUAAGGCGACGACUGCUUGACCUUAGGUAUCUUGACUUUGUCCACCUUUCUGACAACAAUCCAAUGCCACAAGGCCGUCCGACCGUUGCCGAUAUGCCGACAUACGAGUGUCUCCAUGUGUUGCGUUUGAUGUUCGCUUGUCUAGAGGACUUUGUUGUUGAUUGGCGUGCGUCAGUGCAGGGCGAUGGCUCGGUCGAUUUGGCAGAACUAACCCGUCUGGGCAUGGUCCUCGCGCUGUCGGUGAAACGUUUCUUCGGUGUGAAUUGGCUUGGUAACCUUCUUCUUCGGGCGACUCGGCACCUGGCAGAGGAGUUAAAUGAUGACUGCGUUCUGUGGCUCGGUCCGUCGACUGGACCAGUCAUGCGCUUGUUAUUAUCCAGCACUCCACUUGAUUUCUCGCACCUGAGAAUCCACCCAGGGGAGGAAUUCGGUAUCUUCACUUCUCCUCUUAACGCCCAUGCAUUAAAAUUAGCCUCCAAUUCCCUUGUUGCGGACGAGGUCAACAGCGAGAUUUGCGAGGCAGUCGUCGCGAAGGCUCUCGAGGUAUGA